AUAGUCACUGUUUUAAACUACAGACCGGUUUAUAAAUUCUACUUCUGUCCUCGCGGGAUAGACAAAACAAGGAAGGAGUAUGGCGGACGCAGGCUUUUUCAGGGGUACCACCUCUGAACAAGAUUCCAGGUUUGCAAAUAAACAAAAAAAGCUGAUGAAGUCUAUGAAAUUUGAGCCUGCAUUGGAAGAAAAGGUUAACAUGGAUAAAGUAAAUAUUGACGUCGUGAAGCCAUGGAUACAAAAAAGAAUAACACAACUGCUUGGUGGAAUUGAAGAUGAAGUGCUUAUUGAAUAUGUUUUCCAACUGCUUGAAGAAUCAAAGAAUCCUGACCCAAAACAAUUACAAAUUGCCAUUACUGGUUUCUUGAAUGGUAAGAAUGCAAGAAUUUUUAUUGGAGAAUUAUGGAAACACCUGCUAAGUGCACAGGAAAAUAUUGGUGGCAUCCCCAGUGACUUUUUAGAGAAGAAAAAAGAAGAAAUUCGACAGAGAAAGCAAGAGACUGAACGCAUACAGGCCAGCUUGAAGAAGACACAAUCUGUAGAGGCGGACAGCACAUCCAAAGACAUUGACAAAGCCAGAAUUCUUGCAAGAAAUUCUAGUAGACCUAGACGUGAUUCACCGCCAAGUCCUAUUAAAGAAAGUGAAUUGCUGACAAGCCCAGCUAUGCGCGACCAAAAGCAGAUCCGCCAAUCUCUAGUGGGUUAUUGUACCUCACCAGCCGCCACACCAGUCGGAAGAGAGAAGCCAGGCUGGUUUGCUGAACACGAAAAACAUGUUGAAAUAGCAAAAACGUCAAGCGCGAGCCUUCUUUUGAUUGGUGACUCGAUUAUUCAAGGCCUUGCUCGAUAUCCUACAAUCUGGAAUAAAUACUUCGCUCCUCUGAAAGCAUUAAAUUUUGGACUAGGAGGUGAUCGAACUCAAAAUGUGCUCUGGCGAGUUGAAAACGGAGAGAUUCCGUUAAAUGCCCAAACUGUUGUUAUUCAUGUUGGUACCAACAAUACUGACCGGGAUAGUCCGAAAGACAUUGCCAAUGGAAUCGGGUCUAUCGCAAUGAUGUUUCAGGAAGCGAAACCUAACGCGAAGAUUAUUCUCACUGGACUUCUACCGCGAGAUUUAGAGCCAAGUCAUCGUCGCACACAGAACCUGAAAGUUAACAAAUAUUUGAAACGAUUAUGUAAGAGCGGACAUAUAAGAAACUUCUUCUACUUGAAACCAGACGCGGAUUGGCUACAACCAGACGGUACCUUAAAUACUACAUACUAUUUUCAAGACCAUCUCCAUUUAGUUGAAGAGGGAGACGAAAAGUUCGGAAAGGCCAUCCAUGAUAUUAUAUCUCGUGUGUACAGUGGCAACAAAGUUGACAUGUCUUCCGAUUCAGAAAUUAGUGACGAUGAAGCUGACAAGAGCUUUAGAAUUCAACCCAUUAAAAGUCGAGCGAGAAGUGCUUCUUCAAGCCCUGUCAGAGAGUCCAAACGUUCAAGAUCGCGAUCAAUGAGAAGAUCAAGAUCCAUUUCGCCGAGACGAUCCCGAUCCCGGUCGCCUCGCAAGUCGCAUUCACGACGACGAUCGCGCUCAAGAUCAUUGCGUCGAUACUCUCGCUCACCUCGUCGACAUUCACGCCGACACUCUUAUGGACGAAGACGCCGAUCUUAUUCAAGGUCCUUUUCCAGAUCACCGAAACGAAGACGUCGAAGGUCCUAUUCAAGGUCGCCUUCUCCAAAAGUAGUCAAUAAAAACCUUCGUGAACUGACCAAAGUUGCAUCACUUUCACCUCCGCCAAGUCAUAGCAACGAUACGAACAAGUUGCAACCCAACGAUAAUGAGGAUUCAGAUGAGCCAGUUAAAAUCAAGCCUGCUGAUGAAGGUCUCAUGCGAGAAGACGACGAAAGUUCGCCACAGUAUGCCAAGUCGAAUAAAACGCAGACCAGAACUUACAGACGUAAGCAGUCGGAAUCAGAAGAUUCUGAAGGCGACAAACCAAUUGAUAAAAAAGGUGUAUCGGAGUCCCCUGUUGUCAAGAAAAAUGAACCGCUGUCCUCGGAUCCGGAAGAGCAUGUUCGAAGGAAGAAGCGAGGUGGGUUGGAUAGAAAAAAGAGAUCGCCGUCUGGGUCCCCACCGAGGAGAGAUAACAGACAUAAAAGGAGGUCGUUUUCUUUUUCUCCCUCUCCGAAGAGAAAACGCGCAACAGAUCGUAGAAGCGGUAGUCGUUCUCCGCAACGAAGAAAGCGAAUGAGGAAGGGGAGCAGCUCUGAAGAACAAUCGACGUCACCGGAAGUGCGCAAAAGACGUUUGAUGAGGAGAAAACGCGAAGAGGAAGCUAAGAUUAGAAAAGAACGUGAACGUGAAGAAAGGGAGAGGGAGAGGAAAAAGGAGCAAAUUGCACGUGAAGCCCGUGAGAGAGAAAUUCGUGAAAAAGAAACUCGCGACAGAGAGAGAAAGCUAUCGCAAAGUUUAAGAGAGAAGCAUCGGCGAAGACAACGUCAACAGCGAAGCCCGGAGUCAGACUCGGACUCCGGUCGUGAUAAAAAGCGCUCGAAAGAAAGGAGACGUAGAAUGCUUGAAGAAGCUGCUCGUCGAAUGGAGGAAACAUCUGAUUCGGAAUCCGAAGAGGAGAGAAAAAAUAAGUCAAACGCUCAAAGACGCGAUGGAGACAACGAAAGAAAAGAGAAAAAACAAACGAAAGUUCGACAGUCACGUCACGGAUCCGACGAAGACGAUAGCGACGAUAAACCGGCGAUGAAGAGAAGUGAAAGAAAAAGGCGUGAUUCGGAAGAGGUUCGAUCGCAUCGUAGUAAACAUGACGCAACUUCGGAUGAAUCUGAAGACGACAGUCCGCAAAGAAAACGCGUGGAAAUAAAGAAGAAUAAAACACAAAGUGACGAUUCAGAUGGCAAAACAAGGCAGGCAAGAAAAAAAGUGAAGACAGGAGAAAGCAGAAAACAAGAGACUUCGUCAGAAGAUGACGAACUUGAAACCAGCAAAUCGGUGAAAAGACGCAGAAGAGACACGGAGGAAUCAGAACCAAAGCGGGAAAGAAAACCUGUUCGAAAAGAAGAAAGUUCUUCCGAAGAAGAAGAAGAAUUACCCGACAAAAGAAGAGUGGUGUUGAAACGAAGUGAGAAAAAAUCACGUUCUCCAACCAAGAAGCUAUCCAAACGUGUUUCAAGAUCUCCAUCGCCUGAACCACGUAAGCCUGCUAGAAACGAAGAAAGUGACGAAGAGGAAGUAAAAGACUCUCAGUUGAGUAGUGGGGAAGAAAAGGAAGAGGAUGAUUUAGCGAGUGAAGAUCGAGAAAGUUCUCCAGAGCGUGAAAGGAAAAGACGAAAGAGUUCCAAAAAGAAGCAUAAAAAACAUAAAUCGAGCAAAUCCAAAAAGAGGAAAUCUAAGAAACGAAGAAAUUAUUCAGAUGAGGACGAUGAUGAUUCCGAAAAUAGUGAAGAUGAAUAUGAGAAUGAAGAAGCAACCGACGCUGAACAACAACUUCGUGAAAGAGCUUUGAAAUCCAUGAAAGCCAAAGCGAAGGAUUCCUCGGAAAGUUCUGAUUAAAUUAUUUCAAUUUUCAGAAUGUUCGUAAAACCGGUAUCAGCCGCAAACCGAUGGCAAUCUGUCAAACAAACAUGAUCUGUUUGCUAGGACUAUUGAUAGAUGUGAUAUGUUGUACGGCAUAUGUGAUGUUGUAUGCCGUAUAGAUAUGAUGAUUGUAGUGUUACCAUGGUUUUGUUCAUAUUUUUGCAUACUGUUAAAAAGCUUCGAUAACCUUUCAAGUGAGACCAGGGCAUUUCGACAUAAUUUUCCUUUUUUUAAAAGAGAAUAUAGAAAAUAACUUCGGUGUUUGAUUGUUAAGCACGUUUUAAAGUUUUAAUUUAUUUUCGUAUUUAUAUAUGUUUCCCCGCUCUGUUUGUGUUCCAAAAAGGUUAAAUGGUUUCGCGUACUACAGAUAACAAGAUUACCCUUGUAUUUGUAGAUGCAGUUUUAUUGACGGUUUGUUACAAGUUUAAAAUGUUGUCCCCACUUCUGCUCCGGACCUCGGUUUGUCUUUUAUAAUACCGUAGGAUGAGUAAAGAGUCUAGGGGUAAAUUUGAUGGAUAACAUAACCGUAUAUAGUUAACAUGCAAAAUGUAGGAAAUGAAUUCGCUAUUAGAUGUACAAUAAAAAUCAAAUAAA